AGUGACAAUCAGGGAGUCGGCUAGUUCAGUAGCUCUUCGUAGCCGCUGAGGCGGGUUAAGGUCUGAGGCUCUUGUGAGGCCAGGGCGCUGAUCACUAGGUGUUUGGCUUGGUCUGCUCUUAUUUCUCGCCUGGCAAUGGCGACGUACACCUGCAUAACUUGCCGGGUGGCGUUCUGCGACGCGGACAUGCAGCGGGCCCACUAUAAGACAGAUUGGCACCGCUACAACCUGCGGCGGAAGGUGGCCAGCAUGGCCCCGGUGACCGCCGAAGGCUUCCAGGAGCGAGUGCGGGCGCAGCGGGCCGUUGCCGAGGAGGAGAGCAAGGGCUCGGCCACCUACUGCACCGUUUGCAGUAAGAAGUUUGCCUCUUUCAACGCCUACCAGAACCACCUCAAGUCCCGGCGGCACGUUGAGCUGGAGAAAAAGGCCGUGCAGGCCGUGAAUCGGAAAGUGGAGAUGAUGAAUGAAAAGAACUUGGAGAAAGGACUGGGCGUGGACGGUGUGGACAAGGAUGCCAUGAACGCGGCCAUCCAGCAGGCCAUCAAGGCGCAGCCGUCCCUGUCUCCCAAGAAGGCGCCCCCAGCGCCUGCAAAGGCCGCGAGUGACGUGGCCGUGGAUACUGGUGGCCGUAGGACCCACAACCGAGACCCGAGCGAGAAACCGCCCCGGCUCCAGUGGUUUGAACAGCAGGCGAAGAAGUUGGCAAAGCAGCAGGAGGAGGACAGUGAGGAGGAAGAAGGGGACCUGGAUGAAAACGAUUGGGAAGAUAUUGAUUCUGAUGAAGAAAUGGAAUGUGAGGAUACCGAAGCAAUGGACGAUGUGGCGGAGCAGGAUGCAGAGGAGGAAGAGGCUGGGGAAAAACCACCCCUUGGUGCCAUCCCUAUUACAGACUGCUUAUUUUGUUUACAUCAUUCCAGCUCGCUCAUGAAGAAUGUGGCUCAUAUGACCAAAGUCCACAGUUUCUUUAUUCCUGACAUAGAAUAUCUUUCAGAUAUUAAGGGACUGAUUACAUACUUGGGAGAGAAAGUUGGUGUUGGAAAGAUUUGCUUGUGGUGCAAUGAGAAUGGGAAGUCCUUCUACUCCACAGAAGCUGUACAGGCGCACAUGAAUGACAAAAGCCACUGUAAGCUCUUCACAGAUGGCGAUGCUGCUUUGGAAUUUGCAGACUUCUAUGAUUUUAGGAGUAGCUACCCAGAUCACAAGGAAGGGGAGGACCCUAAUGAGGCUGAGGAGUUACCUUCAGAAAAGAACUUGGAAUAUGAUGAUGAAACCAUGGAAUUGAUUCUGCCUUCUGGUGCCAGAGUAGGUCAUCGCUCCUUGAUGAGAUACUACAAACAGCGAUUUGGCUUGUCAAGAGCUGUGGCAGUUGCUAAAAAUCGGAAGGCCGUGGGCCGAGUACUUCAGCAGUACAGAGCCCUGGGAUGGACUGGCAGCACAGGAGCGGCUCUUGUGCGAGAGCGAGACAUGCAAUAUGUGCAAAGGAUGAAAUCAAAAUGGAUGCUGAAGACAGGAAUGAAGAACAAUGCCACCAAGCAGAUGCACUUUCGGGUCCAAGUGAGAUUCUGAGAGUCUGCUGGGACUGAGCAAUCGUCUCCUGCCCGGGGUUUCCUCUUUGCCCUGAGGACCAGUGAAAGCCAAAUCAUAUGAGAGACCCUUUUGCUGCUACUUCAUUCGUUCUAACCUAAUAAUAAAAGUUAGAAUC